AUGAAUUUAAACUCGUUUAUUUUUUACCUUCUUUUUAUAGGAAGUGCUGCCGGUGAAGGUUAUGGUUAUCUGAAAUCUGCCUUAUGGUGGUUAGGGAUGGGUUUAAUGGUUGUUGGUGAAGCAUGUAAUUUUGUUGCUUAUGCUUUUGCUCCUGCUAUUUUGGUCACUCCUCUUGGUGCUCUCUCAGUGGUCAUUAGUGCUGUAUUAUCCUCUAUCUUUUUGAAAGAAGGUUUGACUUUUCAAGGUAUCAUUGGUUGUGUUCAAUGUGUUUUCGGUGCAAUCAUCAUUGUAUUGCAUGCCCCUGAAGAAGGUGCUGCUGAUAAUUCUAUUGCAACUUUUCGAACUUUGAUGUUGUCAUCUGGAUUUAUGACUUAUUCUGUGUUUGCAGUUGGGAUAUCACUUUUCCUUGUGUUUUAUUGUGGUCCUAGAUGGGGUAGUAAAAACAUGUUGGUGUAUAUUACGGUGUGUUCAUUGAUUGGAUCAUUAUCUGUUGUAUUUACUCAAGGCAUUGGUGGGACGAUUGUACAUUCUCUAGCUGUAGAAAAUCAAUUCGACGACUGGUUUGUGUAUCUAGUGCUGGCACUAACAAUCGUAACUUUGAUGGUGGAAAUCAUUUAUCUCAACAAGGCAUUGAAUAUUUUCAAUACAGCUCUAGUUACUCCAACUUAUUAUGUCAUCUUCACCACUCUCACUAUCGUCAGUGCUACCGUUUUUUAUCGUGGUUUCGAAGCUUCUGGUACAGAUGUUACUACUUGUGUCUUUGGUUUCUUGAUUAUUUGUUCUGGUGUCGCACUUCUUCAUCAUUCUCGUAGUCAACCUCAACACCAUCAACCUUUAGGUGAUGAUGAAUCUAGUCUCGAUAGUGGCGGUGACAAUACGAUUCAUAUGAAUGGAAAUAUCCACGGCAAUCGACGAAAUAGUUUACUUCACAUCUUUGAUAAUGAGAAAUAUUUAAACUCGGAUGAAGAUGAUCUAGAUGAAAAUGAUCAUAUGCUUCCUCAACAAAAUGGUGUGCAUCAACCUGGUCCUGCUGAUAUCUUCCCAAAACCCUUGUCUGGUGCUAGUCGUUAUGCCUCUACUUCUCGGAAAUCGCUCACUCUCUCUCGUCGAUCAAAACAGUCUAUGGAUGAUUACAAUGGCAUUGAAUUGGUACCUGCCUCUCAUCAACAAUAUACCGAUAACAUCAAUAUGGAUAAAAUACAUUCUAAGAAUUCACAAAACAAAAAAACUGGUAAGAAAAAAAAAAGAAUAUAA